AUGCGGUUGCGCGCUGCCAGUGAAGCGCAGCGCGAGGCGCUUGCGCGGCUGGAGGCGCGUGUGGCGGCCGUCGUCAACAGUGUGUCCCUCAGCUCUGCCGGGCAGGCUGUGCUUGCGGCAUUUGUGCCCGUCACGCUUGCGGCGCUGCUUUUCCCCAACCGCCUGCGCGCCUACGCGUAUGAGCUGCCGCCGGGCAGCGCGGCGCGCGUGCGCGCGACGGCAGGGGGCUGGGGCCCGCUCGCGGCGGCCAAGGCGGCUGCGCCGGCCGGCGCGCUGCGGCGUGUGCUGCGCUCGUUGUCAGACGAGCUCGCGCUCGCGGCGCGCGGGCUGUUCUUGAUGGCGCUCUUCGCGCCAGUCAUCCUGGGCGCGCCGUUUGCGUUCUACCUGGGUGUCGGCCGAGAGCGGUGGACACAGCUCCUGCUCUGGACGCUGGAGCACGCGGGGCCCGCCUUCAUCAAGUGGGCGCAGUGGAUGAGCUCGCGCCCAGACCUGCUGCCCGCUGACGUCUGCGGCGCCCUCGAGCGCCUGCAGAGCGCCGCGCCCGCGCACAGCGGCGCCCACAGCGUCGCCGCCGUCGAGGCCGCGUUCCGGCGGCCGCUGCGCGAGGUGUUUAGCGCCUGGGAGUACGCCCCUGUUGCCAGCGGCAGCAUCGCGCAGAUCCACCGCGCCGCGCUCUCGCCCGGCGCAGCUACGGCGUGCGGCGUCCCCGCUGGCACCGUGGUGGCCGUCAAGGUGCGGCACCCGGGGGUGGACGACUUGAUGCUGCGCGACUUCGCGCUGAUGCAGCGCGCCGCGGCAGCUGCCGGGCGGCUGCCCGGCCUCAAGCAGCUGCGGCUCGACGAGAGCGUGCGCCAGUUUGGCGGCCCGCUGCGGGAGCAGCUCGACCUGUCGGUCGAGGCGAGCCACCUGGAGCGGUUUGCGCACAACUUCCGGCGGUGGCGCAACGUCGUGUUCCCGCGGCCCAUCUACCCCUUGGUUGCGCCCGAUGUGCUGGUGGAGUCUUUCGAGGCCGGCAGUGCUAUCAACGGCUUUGUGUCUGCGGCCGGCGCCGCCGCAGCGGCGGAGCACGCGGCGGCCGCAGCGGCAGCUGGCGGCGCCGGCGGUGGCAGCAGCAGCAUCGGCAGCAGCAGCAGCAGCAGCAGCGGGCGGCGGCAUGAGGAACGGGUGGCGGAGGAGAUUGCUGAGACGGGCCUGAACGCGUACCUGCAGAUGCUGCUGAAGGACAACUUCAUCCACGCAGACAUGCACCCAGGCAACAUCCUCGUGCGCGAGGUCGUCCGGCCGCCGCCGCUGCUGCCGCUGCCGCCGCAGCUCGCGUGGACGGGGCGGCUGCUGCAGGGCGCGCUGCAGCGGCUCGGCGCGGCGGUCGCGGGGCUGCCGCUGCCGGCGGGCGCGGCGGGCGGGCUGCUCCGCAGCGAGCCACAGCUGGUGCUGCUGGACACUGGCAUGAUCGCGGAGCUUAGCAGCACCGACCAGAAGAACGUGGUGGAAUUUUUCAGGGCCCUCACGCGCCGCGACGGCGAGCAGCUGGCGCACGCCAUCCUGGACAUGUCUGAGCGCCACACCUGCCCGGACCCGCCGCGGUUUGUGGAGGCGCUGCGCGACAUGUUUGACGCGCUGGACCCGGAGACCAUCCGUCAGUGCACCUCUGACGUGCUGCGGGACAUGAUUGAGACCAUCCGGCAGCACCAGGUUACUCUCAAGUCGACGGUCAGCACUGUGGUUGUGACGACGCUGGUCCUGGAGGGCUGGUCCAGCCGCCUGCACCCGGACCUGUCCAUCAUGGACACCCUCAAAGAUGUGCUGGCCACCGACUGGCGGCAGCGCAUCAGCAAGACCGUGGACAAGAUCAUGAACGGGGAGACCACGCAGGAGCUCGCCAUUGCGUGA